AUGAAGUUUCUUCCUCUCCCAGAGUUUGAAGAUGUCACAAGUUCUCUGAACUUCGAUACUAAUGACUGCCAUAUCGUGGGUGGGUGUGAUUUGUACACGACCAAGGCUGCGCGAUCCGACCGGAAGCUUUACAACCACAUUGAACAAUCGCUUGAAGCCCAGUAUGAAUCAAUUCUUCGUCUCUCUGCCUCGCUAUCUCCACCAAAUGCCCACGAGGCCGCUGAAACCCUGAACUUGUCACGCUCGAGUCCCUUCGGGCCCCUGAGUGAGCACUCGAGCCGUCGCACGUUCGCCUAUCUCAUUGCUACGCUCAAUGCGAGCCAUUCCGACUAUGAUUUCUCACAUGUGCUGCGACCAACGGAUUUCCGCCGCGAGCGCCAUCCCAAGCGCGUGAUGAAUACGAUAAACUCAACGCUAUAUAAUCUGCGGCCUCGCGAGUCCAUCGAUUUCUCCCCAUCAUCCCCAGCAACCCUUUCGGGAUCAUACAACAGUAGCACUCCCGCCUGGGGCCCGCGGAUGUGGAGGAUCAUGGACGACCACAUGUCUCUCAAGGAGUGCUCGGUUUACUCAUACUCCCCAGAGGAAGAUCCAGCUGACGCUGAUGACGGAGCGAUCUGGAGUCUGCAUUACUUCUGGUUCAACCCCUUGCGGAAGCGCGUUUGCUAUCUCUACCUGCGAGCAAUCCCGAUUCUCAGCCAUAGUCCCCCUGAGGAUAGUGAGAUGGCCGUGACGCCCACUGGCAAGCGCAACUUCGACGAUGGAUACUUGACUCCAGACCUCAGUUCCAGCAAGCGCGCGCGCUACUGGCUUGGAAGCCGGGUGGAGUCUUCACUACGUCAUCAAGAAAGCGAUGAUGAUGACGAACUGGAUCAUCAACCGUCGCAUCCUGUGAUAGACGACGAGGAUCAAUUCAUGCUCAGCGAUGAAGAGAUCCGCUCGCGCUCACACAGCAAGGGUAUGGUGAGGGCGAUGAGUGAAGAGAUUGCGGAUGCAAUGGAAGUUUAG